AUGGAGUCCGCUGUCGACCAACUUGAAGCGUUCUCCCACCCAGAAGACAAGGCGGCAGACAUGAUGAUACGAUUUGGCGAGCUGAAGAUGGACGACUCAUUACCGCGGCUAUUCGACUUUGAUGCUCCAACCACGUGUCAGAAAUGGCCGGGCUUGCAGUUUGGCUCCUUUUGCCUGCACAAGCAGAUUCCAAAAUUGAACACCGGGAGACCAAAACCGAAAUUUUCUACGAAGAAGCGUAGUCGUCGGGAAAGUUUCAAGCACGGCGUAUACCCAGGGAAGGCAUCUCCGAACAAGUCACGAAAGGCCAAGGCGCAGGUGCUGACUCCUGCCACCUACCCACCUAUUCCUUCUCGCACUCCACCUGCGCAUCUCAUGUGGCUACCUGCAGAGGUGAGAAACCAGAUUUGGACGCUGCUCUCUGCUCGAGAGGAUCCGAUCGCAGCGCAAUUUCGUCCCAUCCAGCCUUGCAGAAAAGGUAAGAUUACCAUCCGACGCUUUCCUCAAGAACCACUCCUGGCAGCUGUGAGCAAGCAACUUCGGAAGGAGGUCCUGUCACUCUUUUACGGUCUGAACAAAUUUGUCUUCGAGACAAGCACCUCCAAAUCACUCCAAAACUUCGACAUGACGGAAUCCGCAAACCUACAGAAAUGGAGACCACGUGCGGAUGUGGCGGGUUUCAUAUCUCAAGUUGAGAUCAGAUUCGUCCCGCAAAUGGUCUAUCAAAUCAGUCGCAUGGCCGACACCCUCGACAUCAAAGCCAUGUGCGACCCGAAGAAGAAGCCGUAUCCUUUACCACCGGCGAUUAUGUUUGCCGAGAAGCGCAUUGCGCAGACUGUGAAGGAUUCCUGUGGCGGUGAUGAAGAUUUGGUCAAAGUGGCAAUGGUCGUGAUUGAGCGGCGGUUUUGA